CUAUAUCCUCUUUGGAUUUGACAAAGCCAUUUUAUUUAUCUGCUAAAAUUAUAGCUACCUUAUUUCUUUGCCCUAUUUUAGGUAAAUGUCACAAUAAAAUGCUUAUGCAAUGAGCGAUGGCCGUCCUGUAAGUGGUCAACUGAAGAAAUUUGUAUUUCGUGGGAAAUCUUCUAGCAACGGGGACACAAGAGGUGAAUAUUUAGAAAUUGUUAUACCGGAGCUGUUAUCAGCUGGGUAUUCGUUCUACACGUGGCCCUCAGCACCUCUUCUGGCUUGGUAUUUGUGGACUCAAAGAAGAAACUUGCGUGGUUUACGUAUUUUAGAGCUCGGCUGUGGGACAGGCUUACCUGGAAUAUUAGCAGCUAAGUGCGGUGCUCACGUGACACUUACAGACAGUGUUGUUCUACCUCGCUCGCUAAGGCACUUGUCGGCUUGCUGUGAGGCCAAUGGUUUAGUUCCCGGUCGUGAUUUACAAGUACUAGGACUCGCCUGGGGACUGUUUUUGGUCGAUGUACAUAAUUUAAGACCUGUAGACUUAUUGCUUGCUUCAGAUUGUUUUUACGAACCUUCUCAAUUCGAAGAAGUACUUUCGACUGUCGCUUAUUUUUUGGACGGAACUGACGCACGAUUUUUGUGUGCUUACCAGGAACGGAGCGCAGACUGGUCAAUUGAGGCUCUAUUGAAGAAGUGGGGACUGAAGGGCGCACUUGUGGACUUGGAUUCGCUGAGUGAGAAUUCUGGAACAGUAGUUUUAAAAAUGGCUCAGGCACUCUCAGAUUCCUACUCUGAUUUCUCAGAUGAUGAUCAAACUCCAUUAGACAAGGACUUUUUGGAUGCAUGCAAUCAUGUUACAAAGAUUACUUCAAAGCUAAAGGAUAGUCAGCUUCUAGAGCUAUAUGGCUUUUAUAAACAAAGUAUGGAAGGCAAAUGCACUACUCAAAAACCAGGUUGGUUAGAUGCCAGAGGAAGAAGAAAAUGGGAGGCAUGGAAAAUUCUAGGUGAUCUGUCUAGAGAAGAAGCUAAAAAAAAGUAUAUAGAUCUAGUUCAUAACUUUGAUCCUGACUGUGGAGUUGGGGUACGAAGUGGAUUACAUGAAUCAUGGGUCACAAUGUCCGCAUUGCGUUACUCCCCAGAACCUGAACUUCAGGAUAAUGAAAUGUCACUGUUUGAUGCAGCAAGGGAAGACAUGGGAAAACUUGUUACAAAACUUUUAAGUCAAAACCCUGAGUUAUGUAAUGAGAGGGAUGAGAAUGGAUUGACAGCUUUACAUUGGGCUGCUGACAGAGAUGCUACUUGUGCAUUAACAGCUGCUUUAAAUGGGGGUUGCUAUGUUAAUGCUGUGGACAGAUGUGACCAGACACCUCUCCAUUAUGCAGCAUUAUGUGGCCAUGCAAGGUCCACGAAAAUCCUAUUAGAAGCUGGGGCAUCCUUUCUGAAAGACGAUGAAGGCUGCACUCCAUUGGAUCUAGCCACAGACAAAGAAGUCAGGCACAUUCUGGAAAAUGCUACAUAAUAGGUUAUAAAUAUAUGUCUAUGUCAUUUAAAAUUUCUAAAUGUCUUAUUAAUUGUAGUUAUUAUAAAUAAAUAUUAGCACUAA